CUUGGAUACGGUCUCUGGCUCCUAGCUAUCCUUAUCAGGCCCGCCCCCAGGCCCCGCCCCCAGGGAACGUCUAUAAAGACUUUCCAGCAUUACUCAAACUCACGUACUUCUACAGGACGGACCACGGCCCAACAACAGGAUGUCUAUCACUAAGAUCCAUGCGAGGGAGAUUCUGGACUCCAGGGGAAACCCAACGGUUGAGGUAGACCUGUGGACUGCCAAGGGGCUGUUCAGGGCUGCCGUACCUAGCGGUGCGUCUACAGGUAUCCAUGAGGCCCUUGAGCUCCGCGACGGAGACAAGACUCGCUACCUGGGGAAAGGAACACAGAAGGCUGUGGACCAUGUAAACAAGGACAUCUCCCCCAAACUUAUUGAGAAGAACUUCAGUGUGGUCGAUCAGGAGAAGAUCGAUAAAUUCAUGUUGGAGUUGGACGGCACUGAAAACAAAUCUAAGUUUGGUGCUAACGCUAUCCUGGGUGUGUCGCUGGCGGUUUGCAAAGCCGGAGCGGCGGAGAAGGGGGUUCCUCUGUACCGCCACAUUGCUGACCUCGCUGGCAACAAAGAUGUUAUCCUUCCCGUUCCUGCCUUCAAUGUGAUCAAUGGAGGUAGCCAUGCUGGUAAUAAACUGGCCAUGCAGGAGUUCAUGAUUCUACCAGUAGGGGCCGCCAACUUCCACGAGGCCAUGAGGAUCGGAGCUGAGGUGUACCAUAACCUGAAGAAUGUCAUCAAGGCAAAGUACGGCAAAGACGCCACCAAUGUGGGGGAUGAAGGCGGCUUCGCCCCCAACAUCCUGGAGAACAACGAAGCUCUGGAGCUGUUGAAGAGUGCCAUCGAGAAGGCGGGCUACCCUGAUAAGAUCAUCAUCGGGAUGGACGUGGCAGCGUCUGAGUUCUACAGGAGCGGCAAAUACGACCUGGACUUCAAGUCCCCCGACGACCCGGCCAGACACAUCAGUGGGAAGGAACUGGGAGACCUCUACAAGACCUUCAUCGCUAACUACCCAGUCCAGUCGAUUGAGGAUCCCUUCGACCAGGACGACUGGGCCAACUGGGCCGACUUCACUGCAGCUGUAGACAUACAGGUGGUGGGUGAUGACCUGACGGUGACCAACCCAAAGCGCAUCCAGCAGGCGGUGGAGAAGAAGGCGUGCAACUGUCUGCUGCUCAAGGUCAACCAGAUCGGCUCCGUCACAGAGUCCAUCCAGGCGUGUAAACUGGCCCAGAGCAACGGCUGGGGGGUGAUGGUGAGCCAUCGCUCCGGUGAAACAGAAGACACGUUCAUCUCAGACCUGGUGGUCGGACUCUGCACCGGCCAGAUUAAGACCGGGGCUCCAUGCAGAUCAGAACGUCUGUCCAAGUACAACCAGCUGAUGAGGAUCGAGGAGGAGCUCGGAGACAAGGCCAAGUUUGCUGGCAAGGACUACCGUCACCCCAAGAUCAACUAGACAACCACCUCUCUCUCUGUGUCUCUCUCUCUCUACAUCUUUCACUCCCUCGCUCUCUCUCUCUCUUUCUAUACACCGCUCUCUCUCUGAGGGUUUUAUGUUGUAAUAAAACAUUUGAACAAUA